AUGUCGUCUAUCGAAGUCUCUCUGGUUGCUUCAAAUCAUAAAAAGAAAUCUGAUGCAGAAAAUGCGCCUCUACGACCUCAACGACCACCCCCACCUCCACCACCCUCGCAAUCACAACCGUCUGCAAUAUCUAUUGAUCAAACAACAAUAUAUCCACCAUCCGAAACUUCUUCAUCGUCUAUAGACCCACCAAACGAACCUACUGAUAAUACGAACAAAAAUCAAACAUAUCUUUUAGAUGAAUUUCAACGUCUUUUUGAUAAUUUCGAUUAUGAGUUCGUUCGUGAAGAAAUUUUAAAUCGUCAAAUGAUUGAAUGUAAUUUUACAACAGUAUUAUGGCGGAUCUUUUUACAUUGUUUACCACGCAAUUCAAGUCAAUGGGAUGAUAUGCUUAAUGCAAAUCGUAGUCAUUAUGAAAAACUUGUACAGCAAUAUAAAAUUGAUCCAUAUAAGAUGAGUGAAAAUAAUAAUAAUACAGAUGCAGAAAAUCUUAAUCAUCCACUUUCAAGAGAUGAAAAUAGCACAUGGUCACAAUAUUUUGCUGAUGAGGAACUCAAAGCAACUAUUACAACAGAUGUUCGACGAACUUGUCCAGAUAUUUCAUUUUUCCGAAAUCCACGUAUGGUAGAUCUUCAAUUACGAAUAUUAUUUACUCAUAGUCGACAUCAUCAAAAAACAACUCCAUAUCGACAAGGUAUGCAUGAAAUUCUUGGCAUUGUCGUUUAUGCUAUUCAUCUGGAAGCUUUAAAAAUCAAUGAAUGCGAAGAAUCAAAUGAAUUAAUGAAAAAAAUAUACGAUUCACAAUAUCUUGAGCAUGAUGCUUAUGCUAUUUUCGAAAAAAUUAUAGAUCAUCUUCGACAGUUCUAUUCUCUUACGACAAGUAAUACAGUUAUACGACGCAAGAAACAUGGUGGCAUAAAUGGUGCCAAGCAAAUACCAUUUCAACGGUUGAAUGAUACCCAUAUUCCACCAAAUGAUACUGUGACAAGAAUGAAUUCUAUAUUUGAACGUUUAAGACAUUAUGAUCGUUUCUUACAUUGUAAAUUAGAAGAAUUAAAUAUUGAACCAACAGUUUAUGGCAUACGUUGGCUUCGACUUUUGUUUGGACGAGAAAUUCCAUUUGACUCUAUUCCAAAUCUUUGGACAGUGAUUUUCUGUUUGGAUGAACAUUUUGGAUUUGUCGAUUAUUUUUUUAUUGCCCUUCUGAUAGAAGUUGGACAAAUAAUUUCAACACAAGAAGAAAAAGAACAUUAUAAUUAUUUACAAUCGCUCAUGAAACAAAAUGUUAUAACUAAUGUUGAACCAGUCAUUCGGAAAGCUCUUACUUUAACUGGAAGACAAUUAUCAUCUUUACCUGAACCAGCGAUUACUCCAAUAGAACGACAGAAACCGGACACUCGAAUUAAUCCAUCGGGAAAUGAGCGAGAAAAUACUGUUCGAACAAAAAAACUUCAACGGAUAUUGGUACCUCCUCCACCAAAACCGCGAUUGAAUCGUCCACAUAUAACUGAAACACAAAAAUCAGCAUCGCCACCUGAAACGAACUUUCCGAUGGAUUCAUUGAAACCGAGUUCGUCUAGCAAUUCUCCAUUUACUUCAACACUACAAACAAUCAAAACAGUCCCAUCUAGUAGUUCUUUCUAUUCCGAAAUGGAUUUAUGGAAUGAAAAAUCAAUACGGCAACAAUAUGAAGAUAAUAUACGGAUACAAAAAUCUUGUGGUCAAUACAUGCAUAAAUUUAUUGAACGAAUACAAGCAAAUAUCUGUGAUUUAGAAACAGCAACUGAAGAUGAAUUACAUAUACAACUGUCCGGUUUGAAACAAAUUGCUAAUGUACUGGACGGAAAAUUAACAUUUGAUAGAGACUCUUUACAAGCUCUUAUCAAUUAUGAGUGUAAAGAAAAAAAGAUCGAAACAAAUAAUAGUGAAUUAUCUUAA